CUUGUCGUUUUGUUUUUGUUUUAUUUUUUGUCUUCUCCGGGAAACAUUAUUCCGCGUGGACGGUAAGAGGGUUGCCAUUUUUCUCGUUUCUCACAUAUUCCGGUUGGACAUUCAGCUUUGGCUGAAAGAACCGCGGGAGCUCGACGAUGUCUGCUGAAAGACGACUACAGCAUUUGUGCCAGCACUUGCUUAAUGGACAAAAAGUUGAACCUUCAAUUCAUCAGUUCUUCCUAAGUAGAAGUCGUCAGAAAUUCUCAAAUCUGAACUCCGGUUCACCUCCUGUGGUUAUUGGAGGAAUGGUUAUUGAUAUUCAUGCAAACCCAUCUUCUACUGCCAGAGCCGGAACUACCACCCCAGGCAAGGUUAGUUUUGUCAAAGGUGGAGUAGCAAGGAAUGUUGCUGAAUGUAUGGCAAAACUUGGAAGUAAACCUUUUAUCAUUAGUAUUGUUGGAACUGAUGUGGCAGGAGAUAUGUUGUUGGAACACUGGAAAUCCCUUGGCCUUUCUACAGAAGGCAUUCUAAGAUGCGAAGGCAUUGCAACUCCUGUUGUAUCUAACAUAUUUGACCUUAAAGGGGAAAUAGCUGCAGCAGUUGCAUCUGUUGAUGCCCUUGAGCUGUUUUUGACGCCAGAAUGGAUCUCAAGAUUCGAAAAGAAUAUAAGUUCUGCACCUGUUGUCAUGGUGGAUGCAAAUUUGAAUCCUCUUUCACUCAAAGCUGCUUGUCAAUUGGCUGAAGCAUCCCAUACUCCAGUAUGGUUUGAGCCUGUAUCGGUGAGCAAAUCAAAAAGAAUUGAAACUAUUAUUGACUAUGUGCAGUUCAUUUCACCAAAUGAAGAUGAGCUUCUUGCUAUGGCAGAUGCUGUAUCCUCUGGAUAUGCCACAUAUUCAUUCCAAACUGGAGAGAGUGCAACGUAUAGACAUUCAGCUGAAACUCUUUUGCAGAAUCUGAAACCAGCUCUCCGUGUGCUGCUAGAGAAGGGCAUUGAUGUGAUUCUUCUGACUCUUGGAUCAAAUGGUGCAUUCCUUUGUCUUAAGGAUUUGCCUCAUUAUGAUAUAGGCCAUGUAAGGCAUGAAAGGGGUACUGGUACUGGUAGUGCCUUGUACAACAUUAUGUCCUCCAGUUGUCAAUGUCUAUAUGAGGUUGAACAAAUGAUUGACUGGACCUCACCAAAAAUGUUGCAUUUCCCUGCUCUCCCUGUUUCAGUUGUAAGACUUACAGGUGCUGGUGAUUGUUUGGUUGGUGGUGUUUUGGCAUCUCUAUGUGCUGGUCUGGAUAUUCUGAAGAGCACUGCUGUUGGUAUUGCAGCUGCUAAAGCAGCAGUGAUGACAGACCUGAAUGUUCCUCAGGAAUUCUUCCUGGUCAGUGUUGCAGAUGAUGCGAAGACCACAAUCCUUGCAGCUAAAGAGGUCGCGACUUCAUAGGCUUGGAAUGAAUGUGAAUUCGUGUACCUACCUCCUGGGGACAGUUCACUUACGAGGUGUGUCCACUUCAUCAGCUGUACUGGAUAUGGUUAUUAAGAAUGGGUACCAUUACAGUAGGCUGUUUAGUCGAUCAUUUGUGUCCUACCGGCCUGCCCUUACUUAUGGCAUAUCUACGUCCAAGUAUCAUGCAUCAAGGUAUCUCCACUUCAUUAUUUGCCUAUUCUGCAGAAGUUUGUUUCUUUUUGGACUUUUUUUUUACAAAGUCAAUUACAAUAAUUGGUACCUGAAAUCAAGUUAUUCUAAGGAUUGCUUCCGGAAGGAUUUUAUGCCUUGGUCAAUGAAGGAAAUUUGCUUACUCGUUCGUAA